AUGGUAGCUAUUGAUUCACAGGACUUCCCUGUUGAGAAGAAAGAUGAAUUCCAAGACAUUGAAAGCAAUUUGAGAGGCUCUAGAAGACGGAGCCAGACCAAAAUAAAGAUAUUCUGUAAGGUUUUGACUUUGUUUAUUAUAUAUCAAUUAUGGAGCACUGGUAUAAGCUUUUUAAACAAGCCUUUGUCUGAUGACAGGGACAGAGCUAAGGCAACUCCGAAUGAACUAGCUUAUCUAAAGACUUUGGAAGAUAGUAAUUUUGCGGGCAAUUGGUCUGAAAAGUUGACAUCAGUUCCUCAUUUGGCUGGCCAAGGUAUCGAAUUGGUGAACUGGACUGCUUCUAAGUUUGAGGAGUACGGUUUAGAGACCGAGGUAGAAGCGUUUGACAUAUACUUGAACUAUCCUGUGGCCAACGGAUUAACAUUAUUGCAUGAUGGGAAAUCUGUUUACAAGGCCAAUCUAACGGAGGAUGUUAUAUCUGAAGAUCCUACAACGGGUGGUGAUGAUUUAGUUCCAGCAUUCCAUGGAUAUUCUGCUUCUGGGAAUGUGACUGCGGAAUAUGUGUACGUUAACUAUGGUACAAAAGAGGAUUUCGAUUUAUUGCAGGAAAACAAUGUGCCAUUGGAAGGGAAAAUUGCCAUUGUGAGAUAUGGCCAUAUAUUCCGUGGUUUGAAGGUGAAAUUUGCGCAGGACGCAGGUUGUGUUGGUGUUUUGAUUUAUUCUGAUCCAGGCGACGAUUUCUUCCAAGAGGCAAAGGGGGACAAGCCCUAUCCUUACGGACCUGCAAGACAACCUUCAUCUUUACAGCGUGGCUCAGUUCAGUUCCUAUCUCAAUCUCCUGGUGAUCCAACCACUCCUGGUAGGCCAUCUCAAGGUGAUGACGUAGUCCGUGAAGAUCCAUAUGGGUCUAUUCCAAAGAUUCCAUCUUUACCAAUUUCUUUCAGAGAAGUGCAGCCAAUAUUGAAGAAGCUAAACGGUCAUGGGAUCAAAGGCUCGCAGAUAGGCGGAAGUAAGUGGGUUGGAAACCUUCCAGGCUUUGAGUACUGGACUGGCCCUAGCCCAAAGAACACCUUGAACUUAUACAACGAGCAGAAAUACGAUAUCGUCCCAAUUUACAAUGUAUACGGUACAUUACAUGGUUCAGAUCCCAAGGCUGGCUACAUAAUGGUAGGGAACCAUAGGGAUGCCUGGAUCAAAGGAGGUGCUUCAGAUCCUAACAGCGGCAGCGCUGUUGUUCUUGAAAUAAUAAGAUCUCUCCACGAGUUAACUAAGACUGGUUGGAAACCUAAAAGAACAAUCAAAUUCGCAUCUUGGGAUGGUGAAGAGUACGCCUUGUUGGGAUCAACUGAGUUCGGUGAGAAAAACGCAGAAGAGUUGAAGAAAAAUUUGAUUGCAUAUCUAAAUGUUGAUGUUGCAGUCGACGGUGGGCAAUUAAAAAUUGCCUCGUCCCCAUUCUUAAACAACGCUAUUAACGAGGCUUUAGCAUUAGUAGAUUAUCCAUCGGAGGAAAAUGUUUCCUUGCAUGAGCACUUCUACAAUCACUCAAAAAUCGGGAUCCUUGGUUCUGGUUCUGAUUACACUGUUUUCCUUGAACAUUUGGGUAUUUCUUCCUUGGACACUGGCUUCAGUGCCACUUGGAAGGAUCCAGUUUACCACUACCAUUCCAACUAUGACUCCUUCCAUUGGAUGUCUACAAUGGUAGAUCCAGGUUUCAAAUUGCACAAUGCUUUAGCCAAGUUCUUAGGUACCCUGACGUUAAGAUUAACCGAAGAUGAACUCAUCAACACCAAGGUUGCUGAUUACUCUGGCGAACUUUUGAAGUACUAUAAAUCUAUUGAGAGCAAGGUCCCACAGAGCUGGUUAAACAUCACCAACCAUAAAGGCAAACCACUCAAGAAGAUAAUCGAGAAGACCAAACUUAGAUUGGAAGAAUUUGACGAGGCCGCAACAACCUUUGAUACCUACUUAACGGAUUUGAGCCGUCAAUUGGAACACAAAGGCUCGUUACCAUUCUGGAAGCGUAUUAGACUACAUUUCCAAGCGGUGCAUGCAAACUUUAAAUUGCGUUACUUAGAAAGGGCCUUUUUGCACAAGAAAGGUUUGAAGGGAAGACCAUGGUUUAAGCACAUGAUUUUUGCUUCUGGUAGAUACACCGGAUAUGAAGGAUUUGUGUUGCCGGGUUUAACUGAAGCGAUUGAAGAUGAAGAAGUGAAGGACUUCAUUCGCUGGAACAAGAUAUUCCUGCGUAAGGUAUCUGCCCUUGCAGACUCUUACAAACUCAAGGACAAGAACGGGUCAACCAAAAUGCGCUGUAUGCACUGGUAA